UUCCCGCGCAUCGCCGCUGCAUCCCGAGAGCGCCGGCGAGGGAUGACGACAGCAGACGACGCUGUCCGAUCCGGGCGUUGCGAUCCGAUGCAUCCGGCGAGCAUCGCAGCAGCCUGGCUUGCUCAGCUCACCGAUCGAUGUCGUGAGCUGAGGCAUUGCGCGCGGACGCUCCUCGUUCGGCCGCCGCGUUUUGACUGCUACGCCCUGAGUACCGACUUGUGCGCGAAGGUCGGCCAAGGUUCGUCGGAGGAUCUGUCUUCGCCGGAGCAAAGUUGCGCCGCCGCGUUUGGGUCGCCGGCGUCAGCGCUGACGGACGAAGUUCAGCGCCCACGGCAAACUGUCACCUUCGAGCCCGUGGCGGGCCUUCAACGCUGCUUGGCGAGUCGCGCGACACAGACAGCCCUGGGAACCGUGUGCGGCUCUUGCAAGGCUAGCAGGCCCGCGGACUCGCCUGGCCCCCUGUUGCGCCUGGGCAUGGCGGCCGACGUGAGCAUGCUGUUUUGCAGCGACGGCCGUGAGUGGGGAAGCUACUUGACUGACUGCUUCCGGCAGCAGGCUCUGACCGUUACCCAGGAAGCCCUGGACGCCAUCUCUCUCCCAUUGCCCCAGGACAGGGCCAAGGCAUUGGGAGUCGCGAAGGUCUCUCUCCUGAUCGUGUCUCCGGACCUAUUGGAGCUGCUGGAGCGGCGUGGCGCCGAACUGUUCUCGGUGGGCCGACUACUCGAAGCGGAACGGGGCCUGGCCAUGCUGUGCGGCGUCGAGCCGCACGAGCUGGGCUCCUCCCUACGCGCCGCCUUCCCCAAUUUCUCGUCGUGGCCGCUGUUGGAGGCGCGCAACCAGGACCGCGAGUUCGUCAUCCGACUCGUCGAGACGGCCCGCGAAAUUGUGGAGCGUUCCGAUCAAACCAUGCGGGGCUCGGGAGCUGGAACGGCUCAGUUCCGCCUCUGUCCGCGCAAAGUGCACCAGGGAAACUCAAAGGUGUUUGCCAUGCUGAACGAGCCAGUGGAACAGACCCAGAAGUUUCAGGUGUUCUUCGAGAGUUCCGGAAUGCACGAGCUGCCUGUAAAAUGGAGGAAUCCGUACGUUCUGCAGUUUACAGUUCCUGAGACGUUCCUGCAGGUGUCGAAAGUGGUGAACGUGCAGCUGCGCUGCGAUGGCGCGCUGCUGGGCGUGCGCCAGCUCAAGUGCGAGUCUCAGAUGUCGCAGCUGCACUCUCUGCUCCAGUCGGCUACGUCGCCGUACGAGAUGCUCAGCCUGACGCUCGGCUUGGCCACACUUCACGACGUGGACAUGGCGUUGGCGACCAACCUGCGCCGCAACUUGCCCGCGCGGGGCUUCCACCUGCUCGGACCGCAACAGCAGGCCGCCCCGGAGAAAAAGCGCAGUGAAGAACUCUUGCCAACUCUUCUGCACUUUGCUGCCCACUACGGACUCCACGAACUGAGCCAGGCACUCCUGCAGUGCCCAGGUGCAAGCGCCUGCUGUCAGAUGCUUAACUGCAAAGGCCACUCACCUGCUCAGCUUGCAUCGAAUGCGGGACAUCAUCGGCUUUCCACCACACUCAAUGAUUUUCAAGCUAGAGCGACUACAGCUGCUGUGGAAGAAGACGCUCCUGUCCUCCCUCCAGCGCGAGUCCAAUCCAACCCGGGUAGAGGCAGUCCGCCUCGGAUGCACUACGAGAACGUCACUGUGGGCGGCCACUACGCAAGUCCCGGCGCCGCUCGUGGUGCUCCCGUGUGCAACCCUUCGUACGGGCUGGCGCCACCAUUGCCUCCGGCACCGCCCGCUGCUCCAGAGCCGCCGAUCGUCGAUGACGACCAGGAGGCCGAGUACCUGAGCAUGCUGCCACAGAUCGACGCGCCACCUAAAGGACAAAGCUUGGUACCAAGCCAAGGUGAUCAAGACGAAGUCAAAAAUGAAACGAGUUCCGCAAAUGGACAAGCCGAUCAAGGUACACCGGAAAUGGUCUUCUCAAAUACGCAGGAGGACCUCGUUCGCAUAAUAGAAAUGUACAAGAAGGGCGUGCCCUUCACGCAGAUUGAGAAGCUCUUUGAUGACUGGAAGAAGAACAACGAAAAUUCCAAAAACGACGAAGAUAGCAACCUCCAGGCUCUCCGCGAGCUUUACAAGCAAAAGCAGCGUGCAGCACAGGCAGCAAAGCAGUCAUUCAGUCUCAGUGACCUGAGGCAAAUCAUCACCGGCAAGGGAAACAGGCGCGGAAGCCGGAGUCGUGACAUCCAGCACACAACACUGCCUAACAUGAAGCAAGACGACUCCUCUGAUGGCUGUCGACGUGUCAGCACGCUUAGUGCCGUCUCUACAUCCAGCAGUGGCAGUUCCAGUUCAAGCGACCGAUUAAGCACGCUGAGUUCGAUGAGCGCGUACGACAGCGGGGCGCAUUCAGAUUCAUGCGAGGAAGGACGGCCGCCGCCGCGGCCCCCGCGACUGCCGGCGCCGCGAAACCCCAAAGCGGCGAUGCACCAGUACUACGCCUUUGCGCCAGGCAGCGCCGACCGGAAAGCGUCCCACCACCACUCGCCGGCUUGCCCUCAGGCCGGAGACACUGCAGCGUCCACCAUCUCGGAAGUCAGGGGGAACAGCAUACCGUCCAGCAUUUCGCUGCAUGGCAAUAUGAGCUCAUCAGCCAAGCCUGCGAUGGCGAACCCAUCGGCGGGCGUGUACUACGACAUUCCGCAAGUGCCGCGACCCGUCAUCGACCAUCGGCACAAUCCGCUGCUCGACUACGACUUUCCGAUGGCCGCGCUACGACGUGUCGCGCCACCUCCCUGUCCUCCGGAGCCCGACGACGGCCGACACUACUACGACAUCCCGAAGUGGGGCGCCGGUGGCGCCCCCCUCCCUGCGACCCUGUCCAGCAAGCAGCAGUUGCGGCUCAGCAUCCCCGACAUACCCGCACCUCCUGUGCCCGAUGACUGAGCGUCCUGCUGGUCGGGAGCGUUCUCGGGCCGCCCAUGGGGAGGCGUAGGACCCAGCUUAGACGAGCAGCUUGAAUGGGGGGUAGCAUCUGUAAUGUCAAGAAGUCCUGUACUGCGUCUGUUCGCCACCUUUGACUGUCGACAGUGACGCUGAGAAGCGAGCAUUGAGUGUUUAGCUGUCGGCGUUGUGCUGCCGCAUUUCAGAAAAUUUUACCAGAUUGGGCAGGCAGAUUAGAUGGUCUAUGCAUAUUUCUUGGUUAGACAGUGAUAUCGUUUCAGAAUCAUCACAAAAAGAAAAGGUGAAAAAAAAAGCCUGUCAACUGCUAGCAGGAUUUUUUUUUCCCUCUGAAAGGUCCUUCAUUCGCGAGAAUGACGAAUGAAUCCAAAAGUAACUGUGGAUGUUCCUUAUCACGCAGCUCUUCUAUGCGCGGCGUCUCUGAUGGGCAUGUUCUCUCUUUCAAGGAGAGGUUGUAUUGUAUGUGUCGGUCGAUGUUUGUUGUUUCUGUUUUGUAUCACCACCGAUCACGGAACUUUAUUCUUUUUAAGAAGGAAGCUGUGGCUUGUUUGCUUUUAGGUUGCUUUCUGCUCAGAUACCUUUGUGCCAUUUUUGCACUUGUUAACAGACAGCACUGCCACAGUUCACUUCUCUUGACUGCUCGUCUGAUGCUUGACCCGGUUAUUGCCGGCCACUGACAAUACCGAAUUGUCAGCCUUAAGCUUUAUUCCCGAAUUCCUGUUGCCUUCAACGUAGGAAUCCACCUGCACCUAAAAGCAAGCGAGCUGAGGAAGUGGAUAUUAGGUGAACAGGCUAAAACUCGCUGCGUGCACGUGCAGAUUACAUGCCUUUCGAAACAGUCCCCUUCAGUGUUUAAUCAAAUGGCUGGACAGCUUGCCAUUUGGCCUAAAUGCCGCUGCAAGAGAAAGAGAAAAGAUGACCGUGUAAUUAUUUUUAUAUGUUUGUUUAAAGUUGAGUGAACCUGUACUCGUUAGUUUAGCCCGAACUAUUUCGAACUGAACAGUUUACAUAUAGGUGUGCUGAGGUCUGAAAUUGCAUUAUUGUGCCUUUUGCAUUGUGCGCAAAAAAAGUGCCAAAUCAAUUCAUGUACCACAUAGUUAUGCUUGCAAGCGUCUAGACACAUUGCCUGUACGCUUCUGCGAACAUGGGGAUGAUGAUAGUGGAAUACGUACGCCUUAAUAUUCACGUGCACACUUACCUCUAACGCAAGCUACAGACACAUGGUAGCAGCUUAUCCUACAGUAGUGAUUAAUGAUUGUGAUGUGACCGAUGACGUGAACUUCAAGUUGUAUUCUCAAGAAUUUUUUCUCAUUACGUCUAUAUUUUUUUUUAAAUUAUCGUAACCAAGGUGCGCCACGUGUGACCAGAAAUUUAGCCGGAUAUCUGAGCACAGCUGCGCAGCGCUUGCUUAAGGGAAUGAAUGCGAUCAAUGCAUCUCCACACUUAUAUAGCAGCUGGCGGAAAGGCGCUCAGUUAUGUUACUUGCGCCAGCAUCAUUGUUGAAUCUGUGCAACGCGCAUGUUACCUCAGGUGUUUCUUGUCAGCGGCUUUCUUUGCCGCUUUGCCGGUAUGUAAUACCUCGAUGAACAUCUAGUCCACAGAGAAACCAAAACGCUGAGAGUCGUGUGCGCUGUUGAAGUGACUGUAUGGCUGCGAGGCGGGAGUAAGUUAUUGUGAUGUUUCAUUUUGCGUGUGUGUGUGUCUUUUUCCCCUCUUCGAGUUCGUAGUCUUAAUUUGGACCAGCAAGCCUCGAUUUGCAUUUGCAGUCCUUCACAACAGUCAUAUUUUGUGAUGGGUGCGGCUUUCUUGCUCACUCUUUGUUUGUCAGCUUGGAGCGAGUGAAUCUUACCUAGCCGGUGUUACUGUUUCAGCGAGUUGCCGCACGCGCAGGAAAGCUAAGCAGGGCGACAGAACCUCAAACAGCUCGAAUGUGACCAAGCGGCCACGCUUUGCCACGGAACAUUCAAGAAUAUUCCUUCAAAUCUAGUUUCGUCUUCCGAUUAGGAAGCACCAAGCUCCUGCCAAAGAAAACUGCAACGCCGUGUGAUGUUAACAAAACGGCACUGCGUAUCUUUAUUCUUCUUUAUAGCUAUACAGGUUAAUCUUGCGGAGUGGCGUUGCUUUUGCCGCCAAUGUUCAAAAGUAAAAGGAAAAGUCUCACGCUCUGUGCCUUUUUUUUAACUAGGAUGCUUAAAAAAGUGCUACGUUUGGGAAAUGCGGAACUGCUAGUGGUUUACGCGCGCUUUUGGCAUCCACCGUGUGCUUUUCAUGCGAGCGCGAGACAAGACGAGCGCUGCUUUCGCCGUGCCUUUGGUUUUCAAAAGUGCAGUGAGUGGGUCGGUAUCGACCAACCGCGCAAGAACUCGCCACCCUUAUUGUCUUAGAUGGGAUGUCGCUGCCGGAGAUUACCGUUUCGCAAGAGCCGCAGACUGUACAGAGUGAGGAUCAAGAUCGUGUUUACGUUGCCUUUCAUUGCGACAUGUACACUAGUUGUCCGCGCCAUAUAUAGUCUUUUCUUUUUUUUUUUGUCGUGUGACUUUAUGGGCAUUGUGCACCACAGUUUAUAAUUUUUAUACCUGCGGCGUGAUCAAGUUUCAUGCAAAUGCAGAAGAUAAAUAUGCGUGAUGAUGUUUCUCGUGUUCUUGAAUAAAUAUAAUAAU